CUAACCCAAGGCGUAGCUACACGCUACACUGCCAAUGAUGUAUCAUCCGUCCUGUAGACAUUCGACCUUGUUUUCACUGGCAAUUUGCAACUUCAGCUAUCUUAUCAGGUGGGGUCCUGUUGUGCAACCGCCACGCCAUUAAGCAAGGACAGUACACAAAAUCAACUUUGUUUGUGAAUUGUCAAAAUCUCUGGAACAAUGCCAUAGUCUGUUAUUCUUGCUUGAUACAAUUGCUCUUGGACUAAUAUAUCAACGAAGAGAAACUCUCAGACAUUUGAUCUUGACGGACAUCAGCAAUGGCUUACCCAGUUCAGCCAUUUGCCCGCCUAUGCCUCGCCCUGAUAGCUCUCUUGUUGUUUCCCAUGGUGUCUGGCAACUGGAAAGGCUCUAACCAGAUCCGCCUGAGAUGUGGCGCCACCAGCAGUGUCACUGAUUUUGAUGGUCGAACGUGGGAAGGGGACGCUAACUUAAGGAGGUUACCUCUUCCUGGCUUUUCAGUCGAUACGCCAUCUCUAGACCCCUCACUUCCUUCCCCAGUACCUUACAUGACUGCUCGCAUCCUCACUUUGAAUUUCACAUAUCUUCUUCGAGUUGACCCUGGCCGCAUGUUCCUUCGGCUCUACUUCUAUCCAACUUCUUAUGGUGAACAUUCUGCUGCAGAUGCCUUGUUUAGUGUCACUGCCGGGAUCCAUAGCCUUCUAAAUGACUUCAGUCCUUCCCGUAGUGCUCAGGCCAUGGGUCGGACUUGCCUCAUCCGUGAAUACUCCUUGAAUGUUACUUCAGUUGAACUUAAUGUCACAUUUACCCCAUCACCACGCCAUGCUGGAUCUUACGCGUUUGUUAAUGCCAUUGAAAUCGUGCCCACUCCAGACAUUUUCACGACACCGGUGCCAAGAUUUGUGAACGGUGGGAACCCAGAUCUAAUCCCGAUUUCCUCUAGCAUAGGCCUUGAAACAAUGUACCGUCUUACUGCUGGGGGUAGUGGGUUUAUCCUUGGGGGAGAUGAUUCUGGCUUUUACCGCAUAUGGGAAGGGAGCUCUCGCUAUAUGCUUUCAGGUGGCUUGAGUAUUCAGAAAGGCAACAAUGUCACGAUCAAUUACCCGCUUAGUAUGCCAGAUUACAUAGCACCGAGCCAAAUCUAUGAGACAGCAAUAUCUAUGGGGAGAAAUCCACGUGCCAACAUGAGGUACAAUCUUACAUGGAUUUUGCCUGUCGAUGCAGGGUUCUACUACCUUCUGAGAUUCCAUUUCUGUGAGAUCCAGUAUCCAAUAACCAAGGUAAACCAGAGGAGUUUCUUCGUAUACAUCAACAACCAGACAGCAGUGGAGCAGACGGAUGUCAUUGCUUGGAGCGGAGGAAUCGGUAUACCAGUUUACACCAACUACGUCGUUGUCACAGUUGGUCAUGGUCAGACAGAUCUGUGGGUAGCACUCCACCCUGAUCUCAGUACCCGUCCAGAAUAUCAUGAUGCAAUUCUGAAUGGCCUGGAAGUCUUCAAGCUACAGGAUAACAGCAAUAAUAAUCUUGCUGGUGUCAACCCUACACUCAAGCAAAAUAGUGACCGUCCAGCAUCUCAUGGUCAAGAUAAAACAAAUGCUAGAAUCCCAGCGAUCAUUGGAGGUGGAGCUGCUUCUGGUGUCUUGGCUUUGUUCAUUUCCAGUUUCUGCAUUUAUGUUAUGUACAGGAGGAAGAAAACUAACUACACUCAUGGCAAGACCAACGGGAAUCCUCCCAACGGAGAUAGAGAAUUGCUAUUGGCCACCUCGCGCUCGCAGGAUUUGAAGCUUUGCCACCACUUCACGUUCAAGCAAAUCCAGGAAGCCACCAACAACUUCGAUGAGACCUUUCUCCUAGGCAAAGGUGGGUUUGGGAACGUGUACCACGGUCAGAUAGCUGGUACGCAGAAGGUGGCAAUCAAGCGUGGUAACCCGCAGUCCCAGCAGGGCAUCCAGGAAUUUCGGAAUGAAAUCGAGAUGUUGACCAAUCUCCGUCAUCGCCACCUUGUGUCACUGAUUGGCUAUUGCGAUGAAGAGUCCGAGAUGAUCUUGUUAUAUGAUUACAUGGCCAAUGGGACACUUCAGGAGCACUUGUACAACACCGACAAACCACCAUUGCCAUGGGAGCACCGCCUUGUCAUAUGCAUUGGAGCCGCACUGGGGCUGCACUACCUGCACACCGGUGCGAAACAGGCCAUCAUCCACCGUGAUGUGAAGGGUACUAACAUUCUGUUAGAUGACAAGUGGGUGCCAAAGGUUUCGGACUUUGGGUUGUCUAAGGCUAGUAAAGACGUGGACAAUACCCACGUGAGCACUGUUGUGAAAGGCACCUUUGGAUAUCUAGAUCCUGAGUACUUCCGGCGGCAGAGACUCACCAACAAAUCAGAUGUGUACUCCUUUGGGGUUGUUUUGUUUGAGGUUUUGUGUGCACGUCCAGUAAUAGAUCCUGAGCUUCCCGAGGAGCAAGUGGGCUUGCGUGAGUGGGCGCUGUCUUGCCAGAGAAAAGGUGUGCUCAGUGAAAUCAUCGACCCCUAUCUUAUGGGCAAGAUCACUCCCCAGUGCUUCAGAAAAUUUGCAGAGACUGCAGAGCAAUGUGUUGCUGAACGUAGUAUGGAUAGGCCAUCCAUGGGUGAUGUUCUGUCGAGCCUCCAGGUCGCACUACAGCUGCAGGAGGAAGACUGCAAUUUCUCCGAGGAGACACUACUGUUGAACAGGUCAUCGCUCGUGGCCACCAGGGUGCGACCAUUUUCAGGUUCAAUGAUGAGCAUCUCAGGAGUGAAAGCUGUAUUCUCAGAGCUCAUGCAUCCAGAUGGCCGAUAAGACAAAACGUUCAGGACAUUUAGUUAUCAUCUGCUCAUUUUGUGAAGCUGGCAGAUUCAGAUUUACAGAUGGAUUUGCUCCUUAUGUACGGCGGGUGUGUUGUUGAAAGAUGUCAUAAAUCUGUCUGGGCAUUGUACAUUCAGAUUAUCUUCUGAACUGAUGAUACCGUAAAUUGUUGAAUUGAUACAUGUACUAGCAAUAUGUACUAUGAUGAGGGAUCAAUCUUUCUCAAGAGUGAAGCACAAGUAGCUUACUUCAUUUCA